GACACAACCCCUCAGUGGUUUCCAUGUUGUAAAACUGACGACAGGGGUGCGAGUCGCUAGCUUGCAGAUAUUCUGGCUUGGGGUUUUAAGAAAGCUGUGAAGAAAUAUUGCAAAUUCACUCGAAUUAAGUAUGCGUCUCCCUUAGACGAAGCGGACUAAGGCUACAAGAGUCACUCAUUUAGCUAACGUUUAACUUGCGGACACUACCAAGCUAAAGCUAACGUCACCUGGCUAUAGGCUAACGUUAGCUUCCUCACUAGAGCUGGCACGAAACUUAACGUUACUGGGGACUGCACGUUACACUGCCAAGAUAAGUUAAUACUAUUAUCGUUACUAAUAUACAUUAAUCAGUGUGACGUUACUUAACUCAAAUUACCGUGGCGUCACAUUCUUGUGGUUGUCCAAGAGGGUUAGGGUUAAAUCCUAAGAAGUUUUGAAAGCUGACCAUUGCUGGAAAGGAGAACUGUAUUUUGAUUCGGCGGAGUUGCAGUUAGCUAGGUUUGUGAAAUUUUAAAAACUUCAUAGUGAUUAGCGCCGGUUAUCACAAGCUAGACAUGUCAUCAUUCUCCGAGUCUGCGUUAGAGAAGAAGUUAUCGGAGCUCAGUAACUCUCAACAGAGUGUGCAGACCUUGUCACUAUGGAUAAUUCACCAUCGCAAGCAUUCAUCUCUUAUCGUCCGAGUAUGGCACAGAGAAAUGAAGAAAGCUAAAAGCUCCAGAAAGCUGACGUUUCUUUACCUCGCUAAUGACGUGAUCCAGAACAGUAAGAAGAAAGGUCCCGAGUUCACUCGAGAUUUUGAGGGUGUUCUUGUAGAUGCCUGCUCUCAUGUUGCAAGGGAGGCGGACACAGGCUGUAAAAGGCCCAUGGAGAGGCUUCUAGCUAUCUGGCAGGAACGCAGCUUGUACCGCGCUGACUUCAUCCAGCAGUUAAAGCUGGCCAUUGAGGACUCCAACAGCCCCAAAAUAAAGUCGACAGAGGACAAAAAGGCACCUAAAAGAGCCUUCCAAAAGAUCCAGGAGGAGGAGGAGGAGGAGGAAGAUGACUACAGAGCACAAUAUUCUCCAAGGGAUGCAGAUGGCAGUGGACCGCAACUGACAGAGGAGCUUGUGAAAGCUCUCCAAGAUUUGGAGAACGCUGCUUCUGGAGAUGCUGCUGUGAGGCAGAAGAUCGCUUCUCUACCGCAGGAGGUCCAGGAUGUGUCGCUACUGGAGAAGAUCACAGAUAAGGAGGCUGCAGACAAGUUAUCCAAGACGGUAGAUGAGGCGUGUCUUCUGCUGGCAGAGUACAAUGGGCGGCUAGCAGCAGAGCUGGAGGACCGACGGCAGCUGGCGCGCAUGCUCACGGAGUACAUCCACAGCCAGAAGGAGGCCCUCACUGAGCGUGAGCAGAAACUAGAGGAGUACAAGCAGAAACUGGCACGGGUAACUCAAGUUCGGAAGGAGUUGAAGUCGCACAUCCAGAGCUUGCCUGAUCUGUCUCUACUGCCGAACGUCACUGGAGGCCUGGCUCCUCUGCCUUCAGCGGGGGACCUCUUCUCUACAGACUGAUCCUUGGUGUCUUGGAUGGCUACACAAAGGAGUUGACCAGUUUCACUGACCCUCUGAAAACCUUUGGCAGACAUAUCUGAAAGUGUUGGUUUCAGAACACAACUGAACACAAUCCUCUCAGCAGAAACAAGUUUAGCAUCUUUAAAGUUUGGAAGGAAGUGGCCUGCAGCCACACUGACAACAACAAAGCGCUCUAGUUUUGUGUGGAAAAGUGGAAUACACUCAUUACGGAGUUAUAACCAUACAGCAAAUUUUAUAGUACUUUUAAGGAAACAAUCACUAAACACAGUAAUACAUAGUGUUAUUACUGUUGUUGCUGAUAUCACUGUUCUGUAAUUACUUAUACUAAGAAUAGACAUAAAUGAAUACAGUAGAUCAUCUUAGACUAGCACAUGAUGUUUUGGUUGUAGCUAUGCUUCGGGAUAAAAAUGGCAACACUUUUGUCUGUCAUGCUACUGCUAAUGCAACAUCAGACUAAAGAUCAAAUAUCUUUACUUUGUUCAUGGUUGAAUGUUCAAGCUGGACUAUAAAAGCCAUAUGUCAUUUUACAACAUCAUUCAUCAUUUCAUGGUUGUUACAGUAUUUGGAAGUAUAAUUCAACCUCUGAAUUCUUUUUAUAUUAUUAUUAUUAUAUGGCAAAAAUAUUCGUAGCAUUGCCCAUGCUUGAUUUGGGUAGUCUUCCUGAAAAUCACUGUCAGGUGGUGUAUUCUGACCUUUUUCAUUGUGGCAGUGGAGGUAGACAAUGUUCAUUUAUCUCUCAAAGCAUCACAUUUUCAGUGUAUAUGAGGCUUAAUUUCUACGCUGCAAUAUCUAUGGGAUUAUGUCUAUUGCUCUAUCAGUAACCUUAUAGUUGAAUUUGAAUAAAGAGGGUAUUUUGGUAAAA